UAUCGCGGUCCGGACCGACCCCGCGCCAUCCGCCCGCCCUGCCCCGCCGUGACGCCGGGCCCCACGGCCUACGCCGCGUCGCGAGCGCUCGACAUCGAGUCCGCCUUCCGGCUGUUUGUCACACCGGCGAUAGAAAGGAUCAUCGUGGACAUGACCAAUCUGCAGGGGGUGAGAAAAUACGGCGACGGCUGGCGACCCAUGGACUCCACCGACCUGCGCGCCUACGUAGGGCUGCUGAUCCUAGCCGGCGUCUACAGGUCCCGAGGCGAGGCCGCGGCCAGCCUGUGGGACGCCGAGAGCGGCAGGACCGUGUUCCGCGCCACCAUGCCGCUCAAGGCGUUUCACAAGUACUCGAGGCUGCUGCGAUUCGACGACCGCCAGUCGAGACCCGCGAGACUCGCCACCGACAGACUGGCGGCCGUGAGAGAGGUGUGGGACCUGUGGGAGGAGCGGCUGCAGGCCCUCUACAACCCGGGGCCCGAAGUGACGGUGGACGAACAACUGGUCCCGUUCAGAGGACGCUGUCCUUUCCGACAGUACAUUCCCAGCAAGCCGGCCAAAUACGGCAUCAAGUCGUGGGUGGCCUGCGACGCCAAGUCCAGCUACGCUUGGAAGAUGCAAGUGUACACCGGCAAGGCGGCCGGCGGAUGCCCCGAGAAGAACCAGGGCGCGCGCGUCGUCCUCGAUCUGACCGAGGGACUGCCGGCCGGUCACAACGUCACGUGUGACAAUUUCUUCACCUCCUACGAACUCGGGCAGCGGCUCCUCGAGAGGAACCUCACCAUGGUGGGCACGGUGCGAAAGAACAAGCCCGAGCUCCCUCCCGCGCUGCUCCAGUCCAAGGGCAGACAGGUCUCGUCCUCCAGGUUCGCCUUCACGCCCACCGCCACUCUAGUGUCCUACCUGGCAAAGAGAAAUAAGAACGUGCUGCUUCUGAGCACGCGGCACGCGGAGCCUGACGUCAGCGAUCGCCGAGACCGGAAGCCGGCCCUCAUCCUAGACUACAACUGCAACAAGGGCGGCGUGGACAACCUAGACAAGGUGGUCGGGACCUACAGCUGCAGACGGAUGACCGCCCGCUGGCCCCUGGUCAUCUUCCACAACAUCCUCGACGUGUCCUCCUACAACGCCUUUGUCAUAUGGCGAGAGAUCAACCCCGACUGGAUGCCCGGGAAGCGGAACAAGAGGAGGGUGUUCCUGGAGCAGCUCGGAAAGGCGCUCGUGAAGCCCUUGAUCCAAAGAAGGCAGCGUCUCCCCCGCACCGAAGCCGCGUCCGCACUUGUCAAAGUCAUACGGGGCGAGCGUGUAUCCGCCGAGGCUCGUCCGCAGGCCCGCGAGCGAGCCGCCGGCCCGGCCGCCGCCGCCGCCCCGGCCGCCCCGCUGGGGGCGAGUAAGAGGAAGAGGUGUCAGGUCUGCCCACCCAAGAAGGACGCCAAGACACACACAGCGUGCUGCAGGUGUAAGAAAUACAUCUGCAAAGGCUGUUCACACCCAUACUGUCACACUUGUGCCCACUGGGCCUUUAGCCAAGACGGGACAGAGUGACCCCGGGGGGGGACACUGUGUGCUAGGCAUAAUAGAAGGACAACGGGAGGGUUAUGUAACAACAACCAUACCCAAAAGGCACAAUAUCCACAACCAAGGGAAGGUAGUGCAGGAGGGGGGGCGUUUUUAGAAUCAAUACCCAAACUCACACGGGGCCCAAGGGCAGUACGGGGGACAGCCUGUCACUUCGCACACAGGGCCCUUGGCCGUAAUGUUGAAUCUGUGAGUGUCCACCACAACCUCUCAGUUAUCCAAAACUUUAUGUUGUAUCCUGUCUGUGGAAUUUGGAGGCUGUGACAAUAGAUCCAGCUUUCAGUAGUGUAGCAAACCACGUAUCAGUUAUCCAACACUUGAUGUUCUAGCCAACGCACUAAUACAGGGAAGUACUUAUAAGUCAGUUUGGGUUGUUACAAGAGUUUACAUUUAUCAACACUGGGGAAGAGGUAUCAGCUAUAACAAGUAGGACUAUUAUGGGUAACCUGUUCAUCUUCGUUGCAACAAUCCACUUGUCUCUAUGUAUGCAUCUGUACGAAAAGCACAGUGUAAUCAGUGAUGGACCUGUGCUUGAAGAAGACUACCUGGGUGUGGAUGGGGGACUUGACCUUGACGGAGAAUAUCGUGGUAUGGAUGGGGGACCUGAGUUUGACGGGGAAAAUGGGGUUAUGAACGGAGGCCCUGAGUUUGUGAACGGAGGCCCUGAGUUUGACAGACCCGGAUUACAAGGAAAAUCUAGAGUGGCCCGCUCUAUCCAAGGUGGUUCGGAUGACCACUCUAUGCCUGACCUCAUUGGGGUAGAGAAAGGUUAUUGCUACAGGAACAUUUGUAGGCAAUUUGACACCUGGAACGUUACUUACCGGGUGACAUUGAUGAAACCAUACCAAGUGUAUAAACUUGAUGGUAAAUGUCUGCCUAUCACUCUAGUGCGCUACUACGGAAAAGGAAAGCCUGACGUCUCAGUGUUCUCUGUGGUGUUUAACUGGAAGACAACGUCUACUCAGUCUCUAAUACCCAGUGGAUCACAAUACAAGGCAGGUGUACAGAUCUUGGUGAAUUGUGCAUCUGGAAGAGACAUGGAUGGUCCCGGAACAGCCGUGGUAGAUCGGCCUUACUACGCAGCCUGUCCUGUGGACUGUACCGGAUACAACGUGAACACUGGUGCCAGACUACAUUCCCUGGGUCUCAGUGUACUGAAGACUGAAGGUGUGAGGAUGAUGGACUUGUCAUCGGUGUCACUGAAUCUGACACUGCUCCGAGAAAGUAUGGGGGAGAUGUAAUUAUCCUAACAGUUGAAAUGUUAUAUUGUAUUCAUUUGGUACUAUGGUGAUGUGGACCUCUUUUAUCAAUAAAGUACAGUUGGUAACACUUGA